AUGGUUCGUGUUUCGCCUUUCGUCUCACAGCUGCUAGCUGUCGUCGCAGCUCCCGUCGCCGUUGCUGCUCAGGAUCCUGCCGACGCCAGCAUCACCUCACCCGUCGCAUCCAGUCUCGUCGGUUCAGAGACGAUUGCCUGCAGGCUCCUGAGCUUCAGGUACCCAAAGCAGACCUUCUUCAAUGGCUCCGAUGGGUACACGUACGAGACGCAGACGCAGUACUGGUCGGCGAGAGCCUACGACACUCCGGCCUGCGUCUUCGUGCCGCAGAACGCCCAGCAGGUCUCCUUCGCCGUCAGCACGCUGACGCUGAGCCUGACAAAGUUCGCGGUCCGCAGCGGCGGCCACAUGCCGGUGGUCGGUUACAACAGCAUCGGCUCGUCGGGAGUCUUGCUGUCGACCUCGAACCUGACCACGCUGGCCCUAUCCGAGGACAAGAGCACCGUGUCGGUUGGCGCCGGCCUCAGGUGGAGGGACGUGUACUCUUACCUCUCGCCCUCGGGCCUUGCCGCCGUUGGAGGGCGCAUCGGCGGCGUCGGUGUCUCCGGUCUGCUGCUUGGAGGUGGCAUCUCUUUCCACUCGAACCAGUACGGCUUCGCUGCCGACAAUGUCGUCUGCUACCAGGCGGUUCUGUCGAGCGGCAUCGUUGUCGAAGCCACCGCUACCAAUGCCUACUCUGACCUCUUCUGGGCUCUGAAGGGCGGCGGUAACUCGUUCGCCAUCGUCACACGCUUCGACCUGAAGACUGUUAAGUCGCCCAAGGUCUGGGUCGGAAUCUCGCAGUACGCUCAGAACUACAGCGCCGCGUACCUGGACGCCGUGUACAACUUUGGCAAGUACGGCUCAGCGGACAGCAAGGCCGCCAUCAUUCCUACCAUCCUCACGUACCCAUCGUACAACAUCACCGCCUAUGCGGCGGCUCGGUUCUACGAUUCCGAGACUGACUCUGCCACGGCAUUCGAGAACUUUACCUCGCCUGUCCUCACGCCAGUGGCCGAUUCAUAUGCUGCGCAGCCCCUUGCUGAGUAUAUCAGUGCUGUCGAUGCGCUGCAGCCGACCGGCCUUCGUCAAGAGCGAGUCACUUUCCCCCACACGUUCCGCGUUAUGUCUCUGGUCGUUGACCGCGAGGCCGUCGACUACGUCCACAACGCCUUCCUCGCCGCCACCAGCUCCAAGCUCACGGGCAUUGUCGGUCUCUCAGCCUCCAUCACUUUCCAGCCCGUCACCAAGGAGUUCAUCCAGCAGGGCAUCGCCAAGGGCGGCAACCCCCAGGGCGUGGACCCGGCCAAGGCCCCGUACUUCUGGAUCGUUGAAAACCUGACGUGGCAGGAGGCCAAAGACGACGAGACGGCCCAGGCGUUUGCCGAUACCGUCACGGCCGAUAUUGAAGCGGGCCUGGAGGCCAAGGGCGUUGCCGGCGGGUACUUGUACCUGAACGAUGCGGGCAAGGGGCAGAAGAUCUUCCAGAACUACCCGGCGGCGAACCUGGCGAAGCUGAAGGCAAUCCGUACCAAGUAUGAUCCGUUGAGGAUUUACACCAACCUCUUGACUGGAGGCUGGAAGGUUCUGGACGCCUGA